AUGGCUGGAGAAAUAGUUUAUGCUGAUUUAAACAUUCCUGGAGCCAGUUCCUCUUCAAGGCCACCACAAGGAUCUCAGCGCCUCAGUUCCCCUCCAUGUCCCCGGUGGCAUCACAUCGCUGUAGGGGUCGGAUGGGCUGGGAACAUCGUCCUGACAAUAGCUGUGAUAGCACUGGGGGUUUGGGUGUCACAGGAACAAGGUGCAGGAAGUGGGAGAACCAGAGGAGCUCUGAAUACACCGGAGAAUAAUGAAACGAGAAUCGUCAGUAGCACUGAAUGCAGCUCCUACCUGGAGGAUUUCCGGUCUCGCUUGAAACCAAUUCUAUGUGAACCCAGCCAUGGCAGCUUAGCAGAGGACUCCGGGUGCAAACUCUGCCCCAGGGACUGGCUGCUGCAUGGGGACAAGUGCUACUGGCUGUCUAAAGAGAGUAAAGACUGGACUGGGAGCCGUGAUGACUGCUUGUGGAAGAGCUCUCGCAUGCUCGUGAUCCGGAACCAGCAGGAGAUGGAUUUCAUACAGGAUGUUGUACAGGGUUCAACCUAUGCCUGGAUUGGACUUAAAGUGACACCCGCAGGGGGGAAAUGGACCUGGGUGGAUGGUUCCCCAUUAGAUCCAGUGCGCUUCCAAGUCUCAGGCUCUGCUGAAGGGAACAGCUGUGGCUUGAUAAGAGGCAGCCGGAUUCAGUCUGAGACAUGUGGUGCUGUGUUCAGAUGGAUCUGCCAGAAAGAAGCUGCCGUGAUAUAAACAGUGGGGACGAGGAUCCGCAUUAGUGUCUCUGUAACACGCAGUAUCCUGUGUUUAGGCUCAUGGGGCGGGAUUCUGGCUUUAGGCAGAGUUCUAAGCCGGGGGCAGAGCAGAAACCCGGGAGAUGCUGGGAUUCAGGUGCCCCUCGCUGUCACAGUUCCUCCCCCUGGUCCUUCUCACUGGGCUGGGGCCUUGGGGUGUAAUUUAUAACUACCCCAAACCUGCAGUAAGUUACUCCCUGUGCUGCUUCCCAGGGUACCCAGGGCUGGGAGGCCCCUCACCACCCUUUGCCUGAGGGAGCCUUGUCUGUGCCUGCUGGGGGUCAGCUCCCCAACUCCACUGGCCAUAUGCGCUCGUGCUGGGCCUGCAGUCACUGCAGGGUAGAAAUAGGCCCACUCUGCCGUCAAGCCCUCUGAGCAUCCAGCCCCUGGUCCCCUGGACACUGGCAGUAUUCAUAGAUGAGCUGCUUCCAAAGGAACUGUAACCUCCCCCUCUCCCCUUACCAGUUCCACUUCAGG